CACAAAUAAACAUAUCACAUUAUAAUCCCCAUACAUUAUUAUGGCUGGGCUUGAUAAUGCUAAAAUUCAACUUCAAGCGCCGACGUUGGUCACAAAACUAAAAAAGACCAAUCGCAAAGUGUACUUUUCAAACCAUAUUUACUUUAUAUAUUCAUUUAUCCCACAUAAUCAACAUACACACAUUCCAUUUUUAUAUAUUAUUAAGCGACAAUGGGCAAGCACGAUUUCAUGAGUCCCAAGGACGUGGCGAACCGUAUGAAAGCCAAGGGCCUUCAGCGUCUCCGAUGGUACUGCCAAAUGUGCGAAAAGCAAUGUCGUGACCAAAACGGCUUCAAAUGCCACUGCGCGUCAGAAUCCCACCAACGACAAAUGAGUAUUUUUGCAGAAAACCCCGAGCGCUACAUGGAGCAAUUCUCGCAAGAAUUCGAGCAGUCCUUUAUUUCAAUUUUAUCCCGCCGUUACGGGACAAAAAAAGUACACGCUAACCAGGUAUAUCAGGAGAUUGUAGCCGACCGCCAGCAUCUUCAUAUGAAUGCGACCAAGUGGGAUACGUUAUCGGAUUUUGUCAUGUAUUUGGGGAAGGGGGGGAAGUGCAGGGUAGAGGAGUCGGAGCGCGGCUGGGUGAUUGAAUGGAUUGACACGAGUGAUGAGGCGUUGGCGCGCAAAGCGGCGAUUCUGAAGAAAGAGAGGCAGGAGAUGGACGACGAGCAGCGUGAGAAUAGGUUGCUUCAGGAGCAGAUUGAGCGCGCGAAAAAAGCACAGAUGGAAAACUCUGCACAACUGGAGGAUUCGAAAAAACAGCCGGAGGCUACGGAGUUGAAGCGCGAGAGUGCGGAUCAGCCGAUUAAACUUGAGUGGAAGAAGGCACCUGGGAGGGGUCUUUUGGGCAGAUCUACGGGGCUGAUAAAGGCAAAUAAGCUGACAUUAAAGCCUAAUCCAUUUAAGAUUGCGGCUGCAGCUGCUUCUGUUAGCAAAAAAGCUGAGCCGGUGGAUGAUAAAAGCGCUUCUUUGGGUUUGGCUCCAAAGCCAGCAGCACCCAAGAAGAUAUCUGCUGUUGAGGAGAUCAUGCUGCAGGAGCAGGUACAGAGGGAAAGGUUGAGAGACGACGACAGAGGAUUUGACAAAAAUACACUGAGACGUAGGUCGCGGUCUCCACUGAGACGCUGAGUGCCAAAAGCGUUUGCAACAAUUAUAAAUUCAAAGUCUCCAAUGUUUUCUCGCUAUUGCCUAUU